CACACAAAUCGAAGAUAUAAAUACGGGUUGCGCACCGAACAGCUAUGAUGAUCGAACUCUAGAAUCUGUUACUCUGUAUCUAGGCACAAAUUAUACAUUCGAAGCAUCAACUCAGUAUUCUAGUUCUGAAAAACUAGCGAUUUGGAUUGAUUUCAAUGAUAACUUUCAAUUUGAAUCAUCGGAACAAGUAGCUUAUUAUCCAACGAUCAUUAUCGGUAAUACAACCAUUAAAAUGACGAUUCCGUCAAGUAUUUCAGGAGGUGUAACAGGCAAUCAUCGAAUGCGAGCUACAAUAGCCUUUGGAGCAGUUCCCAAUGCGUGUGGCUCAGCUAGUGCAUAUGGUGAAACGCACGAUUAUACUGUGAAUAUUGUAGCAAACAUGGGUUAA